AUGGCAGCACCCACCCUCAACUAUUAUAAGUUCCUCUUCCUCACUGUUAAUCUCAUAGCUGCGUUGAUCAUGGCACCGGCGGCAGCCACGAGGAACGCACGGCUGUUAGGCUCCGUCUCAUCGACCCUCGAGAAAAGACUUAAAGCAGCGGAUGAAGGAUCAUCAGAUUGCUGGGAGUCUUUGAGUCAGCUGGAAGCAUGCACUGGCGAGCUCAUUUGGUUUUUCCUUAACGGCGAGUUAAACCUUGGCAGCCAUUGUUGUGAAGCUAUAGCGAAUAUCGGCCACCAUUGCUGGCCAACCGUACUUGAAAUUCUAGGGCUGACCACUGAAGAAGGUAACAUACUGCUCGGCUAUUGCGACGGAGAAGACGACGGCGCUAAUGACCGUUCACACGCCUAA